GGGCGGCGGCGAACGGGGCUCAGAUGCUUCUGGGUCGCGGUGGCUCGAGCAGUGUGGUCCGUGCGUUUCAGCUUGAGAGCCUAGAGCCGGAGCACCCGGACGAGGGAUGGCGGCCACCGCGACCGCCGCGGCCACGGGCAGGCUCCUCAUCCUGCUGUUGCUCGGGCUCACGGCGCCCGCCGCGGCGUUAGCCGGCUAUAUCGAGGCUCUUGCAGCCAAUGCCGGAACUGGAUUUGCUGUUGCCGAGCCUCAAAUUGCAAUGUUUUGUGGGAAGUUAAACAUGCACGUGAACAUUCAGACUGGGAAGUGGGAACCUGACCCGACGGGCACCAAGAGCUGCUUAGGAAGAAAAGAAGAAGUUCUUCAGUACUGUCAGGAGAUGUAUCCAGAGCUGCAGAUCACAAACGUGAUGGAAGCAAACCAGCCAGUCAGCAUUGACAACUGGUGCCGAAAGGACAAGAAACCAUGCAAGAGUCACAUCGUUAUCCCUUUCAAGUGUCUUGUGGGUGAAUUUGUCAGUGAUGUUCUGCUAGUUCCGGAAAAGUGCCAGUUUUUCCACAAAGAACGAGUGGAGGUGUGCGAGAACCACCAGCACUGGCACACUGUAGUCAAGGAGGCAUGUCUGACUCAGGGAAUGACCUUAUAUAGCUAUGGCAUGCUGCUGCCCUGUGGGGUAGACCAGUUCCACGGCACUGAAUACGUGUGCUGCCCUCAAACAAAAGAAGAGGAGGAGGAGGAAGAGGAAGAGGAAGAGGAAGACUAUGAUAUUUAUAAAAGCGAAUUUCCUACUGAAGCGGAUUUGGAAGACUUCACAGAAGCAGCUGUGGAGGACGACGAUGAGGACGAGGACGAUGAGGAAGGGGAGGAACUGGUGGAGACGCACCUGGCUCGGGUGGAAGCCAUGCUGAACGACCGCCGGCGGGUGGCUCUGGAGAAUUACCUGGCCGCCCUGCAGUCCGACCCGCCACGGCCAUAUCGCAUUCUCCACGCCUUGCGGCGGUAUGUCCGCGCCGAGAACAAAGAUCGCCUGCAUACCAUCCGUCAUUACCAGCAUGUGCUGGCUGUUGACCCAGAAAAGGCCGCCCAGAUGAAAUCACAGGUGAUGACACAUCUCCACGUGAUUGAAGAAAGGAGGAACCAAAGCCUCUCUCUGCUCUACAAAGUACCUUACGUCGCCCAGGAAAUUCAAGAGGAAAUCGAUGAACUCCUCCAGGAACAGCGUGCGGACAUGGACCAGUUCACUGCCUCCAUCUCCGAGAGCCCGGUGGAUGUCCGGGUGAGCUCUGAGGAGAGCGAGGAGAUCCCGCCGUUCUACCCCUUCCAUCCCUUCCCGGCCUUGCCCGAGAACGAAGGAUCUGGAGUGGGAGAGCAGGACGGGGCGCUGAUUGGUGCAGAAGAGAAAGUGAUUAACAGUAAGAAUAAAGUGGAGGAACAUAUGGUCAUCGACGAGACCCUGGAUGUUAAGGAGAUGAUUUUCAAUGCCGAGCGGGUCGGAGGCCUAGAGGAGGAGCCGGAAUCCACGGGGCCUCUGCGAGAGGACUUCAGCCUGAGCAGCAGUGCCCUCAUCGGCCUGCUGGUCAUCGCAGUGGCCAUCGCCACGGUCAUCGUCAUCAGCCUGGUGAUGCUGAGGAAGCGGCAGUACGGCACCAUCAGCCACGGGAUCGUGGAGGUGGACCCAAUGCUGACCCCAGAAGAGCGUCACCUGAACAAGAUGCAGAACCACGGAUAUGAGAACCCAACCUACAAAUACCUGGAACAGAUGCAGAUUUAAGUGACAGGACCGUGGCCCCCUGGCCGGAGUGGGGUGGUGCAGGUGGGCCGGAAGAGGCCCAGCUUCGGGCUCGACACCGACCAGCAGCCGCUGCCUGAGGGCUUCGGCUGCCAUCCUGACCUCCCGUGUCGUUAAGACUAUGAAGUACUACUGUAGAAUUGCAAUUCCAUUCUUUUAAAUGGGUGAAAAAUGUUAAUAUAACAGUAUAUGAUAUAUAAACCUUAAGUGAAAUGAAAAGAUCUAUUGCAGAUAUUUGACUGAUGCAGUUUUCUUUUUAAAUUAAUCAGAAGAAAGCCCACUUCUCUUGUAUCGUCUCACACAUGCUCUCUCUGUAUGGAAACUGUUGAUUUUCAUCUGUAGACUGUAUAUGCAGACCGUUUGUUCCAGUUGCAUUGUAUACGCCGACUCUGUAGGCUCCUUCACUGACCUGGUUUUUAUUAGGGGAGACACAAGACCAGCAGGAGAGAAGGCAGCACUGUCUUUUAACAAUGCGCUCUGAAAGCUGAAAGUGGAACCAGGGACCUGCCGCCCGCCCCUGCGGCUCCCGACGCCCUCUGAGUGGUGUUAGAGGACCGGCGCGACUGACUGCCGUGUGGCCGGCGAGCUUCAAGGCCCGGCGCCCCGCAUCUCAGAGAGCAGGGCCCGCCGCUGCUUUCCCUCCAAAUCCAGUUCUUCCACAGGGCGAGCCACUGGUGUGUCCGCUGCAGCCGCCGGCUGCCUGUAGCUCUUUGCCCUUCACUCCCCCCCCACGUCCGCCCACGCGUGUGGUCUCUUCCCUCCUCGGACGUUUCCCACCCACGGCACCGGCUCCUGGCCCUCUGCGGGUCCCUCGGAGAAACCCCGGGACGUGGGCGGAGCGCGGGCAGUGCAGGAAGCGGGCGUGUGGACGCCGCGGAGAGCCUGGCAGGGUUUCGUUCCCUUCACGAGUCUUUGUAAAGCUUGUAUAGUUGACGCUGACGCUCACGGCUCCUUCCUUCCUUUUUUCUUCUUUUUAAUAUGAAGGUUCUGGUAACCUGUGGUGUAUUUUUGUUUUGUUUUGUUUUCCUGUGACUGUUUUUUUUUUUUCUCCUUCCUCUCCUUUGACCCCAUCCAUGUCUCUUCCCACUAUGCACAGAUUAAACUUCACCUGCAAACUCCUUAAUCUGAUCUGUGGAGAAUGUACAGAGUUUAAACACAUCAAUAAAAUACUUUAACUUCCA